AUGAGUUGGGCCGCCGCCAAUGCACCCAAGCGGCGAGUCCAAGGAGACGAGUCCUCAACCAGACGUUCGGGGAAACAAGGAUCGACCGAGACUGUCGAAGCAGCACUAGCGAGACUUUCAAAGGGAUACACGACGGCUAUGGAAUGCAUCGGAUCCGUGCACAAGACCAACAGACUCAUGCUCAAGGAAAAAGACAAGGGACAUGGGGGCGCAUUGGAGGUUUUGAUGCGGGUUUCCAGAGCUGCUCGCACGACUUUGGAAAAGGCGUUACUGACGGAUUUGUUGGUAGAAGAACACACUCCAUGUCUGCAUCAAGAAUUUGUCGACAUGAAGCAUGCUCUUGUGGCAUCUACGGAUGGAGUACGACGACCCCUUCCCCCGGCACUAUCGUCAGAAGCACACAAAUCCACUGUUCGGGAGCUGGCCUACUUGGCCUUGGUGAAUUAUUCCGAUCUCUUACUCAGUUGCGGCCAUACCAGCGCUCCGCCACUGAAACGAACCGUUCUAGACAACGGGGUGGUCCGAAAGGUAGGGUCACUGGGAAAUGAAUCUUGCUGGGAAGAUGAAGAAAGCAUUGAAACCACACAACGACUGGCAUUGGCGGCACUAUGCGAUGCUUCCAAAUUGGAUGGGACGGACCCUAUCUUGUGGCUCAAACUGGCCUGUGCGGCUCGUCAAUUGCAAACGACGAUUGCCGAAAGAAAUUCUUCCCUUGUGCUGGCCUCCAAAUAUCGUCGAAUGCAAAAGUACGCCUUGGAAAGUGGAACGACUGCCUUACCUUCCCACAUGCCUCCGAAUCGGGCAAUCGCACGAGCCCGCAAGGAACUGGAAGAAGAAGAACAACAACAAAUGGAGCAAGACUACGAUGCCCCAUUGUUGUUGACUGAGGACGAAGAACCCACUCAAAUUACACUCGAACUUCCUCGCUAUUCCUGGUCCAUUUUUGGCCGCAUGUUGGUGCGAGUUUGUCGGGAGGGGACGGACUAUCAAGCAAAUCCACAUGGGCCAGUGGUUCUCAAAGCUUCCCCAGCAUUUGGUUCUCCUGCUUUAGUGGUCAAGUUGAAUCCAAUGUUUGUCUUGCCGCCCAGACUGUUGCGGCGAAUAUGUGCCUUUUUGGACACUCGGUCUACAGUGCGCUUUGAAAUGACAUGUCGGGGAAUUUCCUUUUCCAUGAUGGAUGCCAUGGCAUCAUCGUUUGAAGAUGACGACAAUAGGCGAAAAAUGUCGACGAUUUUUCGUCAUGACGAAACAGAAGAAAAGAGUACGGAUGGGAUAGAAAAUGAAAUUGGGUCAGCAGCAAAGGGAGACGGAACCAAUGACGUGCCCAUGGAAUUGUCAUCUGAUGACAAACAGGAAGAGUCCAAGGAAAAGGAAUCAUCAUCCAGUAGUAAAGACAAAACACAAAGCAGUAGAACCUCCAAGCGUCUGCGAUCGCAGCAGAUCACUUCAGGAAAAAUUGCCGAGCGUCAAUCAAAUCGCAAAUCUUUUGAAUAUUGUUUCCUCGCUGCCACCAUGUCCUGUACCAAGGCUGAGUUCAAACAGCAGGUACAGGAGGCCAAGAAGCACGAAGCUAGAUCAAAUGGACACGGAGGUUGGAGUAACCCAGCAUUGAAUUCCAGAGGCAGUCAGUUGGAUACCAAUGUGUUGUUGGAAGCCAAGGAGCGAACAAGUGCUGCCUCGCUUGGUGCCUUUGUCGAACAAUAUGGGACUCAAAGCUGCAACCCAAUCGAUCUACUGCGCAAAUAUCUUGGGCAUGUUGCGAUGAAUGUCCAUGAUGUCUUUGUCACCGACCCUCGCGGGCCACUGGAACUGACAUCUUCUGUCCUCACAGCAUUCGAUCUCUACAUCAAUAGAACCGGUUCCAAACAGCGUCUCGCCCUGUUGUUUUUCGAGCCCGUCGAGAGAACCGGAUCCUUCAAGGCUAGCCUGGAACUCUUUGCACUUGAUCUGUUGUACUGUGAACUUGUACUGAAGCGGUGCGAAAGGUAUGCCCCUACUCCUGUCAAUUUUGAUGAAGACUGCAGCAUUGUUGCACGUAUGGUCCUGCCGCUGUUGGAGGCAUUCGAUGCUUUAGAACAAUCUAUGGAGAGGACGCAGCAUCUAGAAGAGAAUCUAUUGCAAACGUUUUUCAUGCUAGGCAUCCGUUCCAAAUGGCUGGGGGCUGGAUUCUAUUUUUGGAGAAGACGAAUAUCACAAGUUGUAUUUGAGUCGAGAGAGGCUGAAGACGAGGCAGUAUACUACAUUGAUGAGGCUAACAAAGCCUUUGAGUCACCAACAGUGAAAUUCGCAGCGGUUGCAACGCCUCAUUUGGUUUCCCCUGGGCGUACCGAGGCUCAUUGGAAAGAGGUAAAGCCAAAUCUGCUAGGCAAACUGAGGGACGACAUCCAAGCAUCAUCCGUUGUAUCACAUGCAAAGCAAAGGUUUCAGGAACUCGUUGGAUCGUUGCAUAAAGCCAAUGAACAAGCUGACGCUACUAUCACUGAGACCAGUGCCAGCACCCUCACAAGUAUUGGUGAGGACCUCUUCGAAAGGUACAGGGAAAGCCACGGCAAAUCGGGUGCGAAGCAUAUGGAACUGGUGGAAGACUUCCUUUUAGUGCAUGGUGAAGACCUUUACACUCUUAUCAAUCCAGCAGAACACGACGAUGACGACGACCCCGUUGCCGAUCCCAUUCCUGUUCAGACUGUUAGCGUGGGCAAUCUCAUUCAAAUGUCAAAUCCAAGCAUUCUUUCAAUCCUUACAACUUGUUUCAAUGUGGACAAUGAACACCGAGAACACAGUAUCCGCCUUUUGGCUCACGUCGCGCUCACAGCAAAGGACUUAUUUGAUGAGUCACUGGCUAGAUCAGUCCAAUCACAAGGAGGGGACAACAUGGACGAUAGCCACAGUGACGAUGAUUCCAUGAUGAGUGAUGACGAUAGCCGCAACAUGGGCACAAAGACAAGGAAUACUGAUGAGCUGAGGGCGCGCCAGUGUGGCCUAUUCGUGAUUUUCCUGAUUCGGAAAAUCAAGACGAUUUUUUUGACGGUCAUGGACAAUGAAGAACGCAAAGAAUGCUGCAUGUCCAGCGAUUGCACUUCGCUGUUAGUCUGCAUGUUCGCGUUGUUACGAGACUGGACAUGUGGUGGGGGGAAACGAUGGCUUCUGCCCGACGACACUUCCGACCAAAGGCUUUUCCUUGUAAUUGUUCAAUUCAUGGAGGCAUUGCGGUGUUCAGCCCCCGCGGAUCGAUGCAAGGAACUCGAAAGGUUCUUCUUCGUCGGGAUUGCAAGGACUAUGGUCGCUCAGUCCAAUUCUCUCCUUUCAAGGGUCAACACUCAAGGUAGUCGCACCGGCAGAGCAACACGGCAGAAGUUAUGUAUCAAGCAAGCCGAGCUUCUCGGCUUGGUGUUGAACGAGCUCGGGCACUUGUUGUCAGGAAAGCUGGUCACCAUUGAAGAUUUGCAGAUUCGACCAAACGAGAUAAUCUCAGGAGGGGCAGAGUCUGUAGAAAAAGAUUCAUUGAAGCGAGAGACAAUUCUGUUCUGCGAUGCCGUGUUGAGGUUGUGGAGGUAUGGUUCCUUGGCACUAUCAAGCGAUGAACAAGGCGAAAAGUCAACAUCUGUUUGCAGCUCGUUUGAUCGGCCGAUUGUACGAUCGAUUCAAACUCCUCUGAUUGUAGCGAUAACUGGCUUGUGCGGCUCUGCCAUUAGGACUGCUACAGAGGCUCACUCAGAUGAAUCUGGCGUUGAUCAGCUAUGUCUUACUGACUUCUAUGAUUCAGAUGCUAGUGCAAAUGAAUGGCUUUUGGAUUGUGAAGGGCCUGAAGCAUCUGAAAUCAGACAGCGGAUGAGACUUCUCCUUCGGGUAAUAUGUCACACGGUGUACUGUAUCAACAUUGUGAUGACUGUUGCGGGCGAUAAAAGGGCUGUCUCGAACAUGUCUUUAAUUGAAAGCAGGCACGAGUACGGACCAUUAUUGCCUUUAGUCGCCACAAGAGUUCUGAACUUCUUCGCCGAUUCUCUACUUGUGUACUUUGGAUCUGGAAAUGAUCCGGCUUCGCGAAGUGAAUCGCUAUGGGCAAAGGAGUAUCCAUAUACCACUCGAUCAACCGGAGAAGUUUUGGAUGUACUACUUCGAAGGUCGUAUCGUUGGCUCUUUGGAUUCACGCUAGUUGGUGAAAAAGAAAAUACAAGCUCUACCACAGACAAUCUAGCUCGCAAUCUACAGCCCGAGAGCACCUCGGCGGCAGCGCGGCUCUACCGAUGCAUAGUUCGAACAUACCCAUCCGGAAGAAGGUCUCCACCAAAAUCUGCUCUAGAAGUAGUUUCAUCGGCGCUUCCCCCAAUCGAAGAAACUGAGAAGAGUAGAAGCCUGAAAGAGUUUGUCUUUCAAUCAAACGGUGCAGAGACAGGAACUAAAUCUGUCCUUCGCUUGAUGGAAAAGGCAGAAUCAUGGAAUCGCCCGUUUAAGAAGAUCAAGGAUUUGCUAGACCAAGAGCAAGAAGUGUCGGAAAUCACGAGUGUAGCCGCAGGUGCUUCUUCGACGGCGGAUGAAGCCUAUCGGGUACGUCGAGGAAUCUCUAGCGAGCUUGCAAGUGGGCAAGUUCCAGCGAACCUCGCCGAUACUGGGCAAAAGGGGAAGUCGGAUUCAUCGAGUGAGGACGAACGUUUGCUUUGCUUGAAGCACGAAGAAGAAGCUUCGAAAAAAUUCUUGGCCAUAAUUGACGACAUCUGCCUCGGAAAUGCAAAUGAUACAACUAGCUGGUACAGAGCUGCUCAAUGUGUCGCUCUGAAAGCAGAGCUCAUAGCUGAUCGUCUCGGACUAUCGAAAGGAUACGCAAGAAGCAAUGACUUCUCCGCUCCAAGUCAACCUCGCCGUCUGAAGAAAAGGCUCACUCUUGAUGUCUUGGAAGCGGAGCAAAAGAGAGAGGAUUUGAAGAUCUCGCAGAACUGGGUGACGGUUCUUGGGCAAGAUUUAUCUGUUUAUGUUCGGCACUCUUGGUCUUCUUUCUCGUCCUUGCAGGCUUGUUCAGAUGAGAUUAAGAAGAGUCUCGGUGAUCGGGGAAAUCUUGACAAGAGCCAAAAGACUCUAGAAAUGGUUGCAUUGAAGAACCUUGAGAAAAUGAAUGCAUCUCAAAAGUUCCUAGAAUGGCAAGAGGCAUGGGGUGGUAUCUUCGUUUUCGCUCUAAAGAAGUUGGCGCUAAGAUUGCUAUGCACUGCACUGUUUAUGGUCGAGUCGAAAGAAAAGGUUGAAAGCGAUGACAAGAUUUUGAAUUCCGAGAUAUGUGAGGCGAUUGGUGUUGCACUGUACUCUCAAAUGAUGGCAUCACAAAACUAUGGCUAUCCGAUGCAUACUAUGAGUGAAGACCGGAAACGCAGCAUCGCCAUGGUAGCAAAGGUUGCAUUUGAGCGUGCUGCAAAUGGCAUUAAGGAAGACGAGAGCCAAGAAACUUGGGAUUUGACUUUUAUGGUUGGGAAGUGCCACGAAAAGAUCGCUUCUACUUUCAAGAGGGAGACAUUUACGGAGUCUACCAGACUCUAUGAAAAGCACAUGUCUCUUGCAAUGAGCAGUUAUGCUUCAGCAUUAGAGCAAGCCAAGGCCAUUGACGAGGAUGGAGGUCAUGUCAUCAGCCAGCAAGGCGGCAGCUCCCAUGGGUCGACGGAGGUGCUUUAUAGGAUCCAUGCAUCUAGAUUGAAGUGCUUGAUUUCCUUAGCGUCCUACGACGAUGAUUGCAUGGAAAACGCUGAAGUAGAAGCUUUGCGGCUAACAGAGGCGCACUGGUACAAAGUACAGGACGAAGCCGAAACCACCAAUGCACCAUUGGGAAAGCGAGACCGAAUCUGGAAUGUGGUGGCAGAUGUUGUGGCUGGCCUUGCCCAGUGUCGGAUGGAUGACCAUUUCUUUCAUCGGUCUGUUUACCGACACGCGCAGGCGCUGAUGUGGGCACCUGUGUUGCUCGACCCUGCUUCUCGAGAGGGAAGUCUUGGUAUGGUACAAGCAACCAAGAGUCAUAUUGUGAGAGGACUGAACAAUUCUACGCACGCAGCAUACAGUGCUGAGGUUGUCAUCAGAACAUUGUUUGAUCGGAAAAGGGCACAACUUUGCGCCGUUUGGUUGACGAGCGAUGCUUCCAACUCUCCUUUCCAGGUAUUGAAUAGCUCAAAUAGGAAGUACGACUCUUUGCGAGGCAAAUAUAUUGGAGCAUACAUUGAAGCGCUCCGACUGUGCAAUCGCUGGAGUGAAUUGGAGCAAUUCACCAAACUCCUAUGUCACAGCAAGCGAGAUGCUGCAAAUUACUUUCAAGCAAGCGCUUUGGAGGGAGGCAAUCCACCAUCAAAAUCUCACGCAAAUGAUUGCAUCUUGUACAAAAAGGAUUCCGCAUUGAUGUCCAAAGGUUUUGGAAUAUCGGCAAAGCGACAGGCGAACAGUGUUUUUGCCGAACUCAUUAUGAAAAAGAUAUCAGAUACUGACAUCGAAAAAGGUAUGGAGGUAGAAAGCAAUUUGAAACAAGCUUAUGCCUGUUUCCUUCGGUUACACUGCUCGGAUGACGACAUCAAGAGAACAAGUGCAAUAAAGUACGGGGUAUCAUCUAUCAAGGAGGUUGAAGCACUUUGCCAGGCAUUCUUGGAAACAGAACAUGCAAAGACAGUCAAGACAGAUAGCAAUGAUUGGUCCGGAGGAGCCCAAAAGAAAUCCGUUUUCGAUGAGGCCCUUUCGAAGUGCCGAGCAUUGUUUCCCACACUAUCUGGCAACUUUCUCUUCAAACAGUCUAGUAAGUCAAAGGACAAAGACAGUACAUCAGGAGGAAAGAAAAGAAAACGCCCCUCUGAAUCGGCAGAAUCGGGAGAUCCAACCACCAAACAAUUUGAAAUUUCAGUCCCUCAAGAGCUUGCCGCUGGUGAUCAAUUCGUCACAACCAUCAGCUUUGGAGAGAAUGUCACUAAGAAGGUGAAGCUGACCGUACCCAAAGGAAAUCCCAAAACUCUGCGAUUUAGCCUGAAAAUAGAUGAUUAA